UUUUCGAAGAGAGCGGACGUGCACGGACGCGUUUACGCUGGCACAUCGCAUCGCUGGAUUCCGUUCGGUUACGUUCUAGCGUGUUUUUUUCUGUUUGUCGCGUUGUUAUUAACUUUUGUAUUUUACUACCACUACGGAGCGUUGUAUAAUUUCUGUUUCUGUUCUCCGGCAUUUACGCGCCGCUUUUUUGCCUUUUUGCCACCUGUACAAGUGUGUGCUGGAAAAAAGAUACAUAGUUCGGGAAAUAGAGCGUUUUCAAUGCCGGCUUUAAAGUGUGUGUUUUGCUGACGUUCCCAACUGUCAUAUCUAAUUCGUGCCAACAGUCCGAGGAAAUAGUAAUAAUAAAAGUGAAAGAGCGAGGCAACAGUGCAAUUGAAUAUACUUACAUGGGUCAUGUGUAUAUCGUUAUUAUCAGCGGAUAUCGCUCAUACGACGUGUGUUACCUUGAAAGUGAAACGCCAAACUUGUGUCACCUAUGUACCUACUCCGCCCCAAAAUUUCUCCCUGUGUAUGUUUGAGUGCGUAGCCGAAUAUUAAGUGAAGUACAGAAGCAACAACAAGCCCCCGCAGCAAGCACAUCAGUUACUAUUAAAUUAUAUUGCAAGUUACAAGCUGGGGGAGAAAAAAAGAAGAAAAAAACAACAAAUAAUCAAGCGAAACAAGGCGAAAAAAAUACACAACAAAAACAAACAAUAACAGUAACGGCAGCGAAGAGAACAUUUAAGUGAGCAGCGACUGCGCCGUAGACGUCAACUGCGACAGCGGCAGAGGGUGCAGCAGAAGCAACAACAACAGCAGGGAAAAUAGCCCCAAAAUGUCGAAAAACUGUUGAGCCAACAAGAUGCAAGCGGUCAUGGACACGGCCGCCAUGGCCAUCGCCAUGGGCUCGUCCGGUUCCGGCUCCGUAUCCGUAUCCGGGCUUAGCUCCGGCUCCAGUUCCGGGCCGGGCAGCAGCAGCAGUGGGAGCAGCAGCAGCGGAUACGGAAGCGCCACGACCACGCCCACCAGCGGCGGUCACUACGACAAUUCGCCCACCUCAAUGCCAAUGGCCACCAUAGCGACAGUGGCUCCGUUCUACAGCGAGGCGCUGACAUCGCUGGACGCCCAGCAGAGACAGCAACAGCAGCAGCAGCAGAAUCCAAGUCACUAUUACCCACAGAACUACGGAUACGGAAACUCCCUGCCCCUGGAUCCCGCCUACAACUACAGUGGAGCCCCGUACAACUCGUACAGCGCGACAGCAGUGGGACCACAGUUGUCCGGCAGCAGUUACCCCGGAAGUGGAACUCGCUACGAAAAGCUCACUCCCGGUGCGGGAGCGAAGUAUGGAGCAAGUCCAAUUGGCGCAACCGGUACGGGAAUCAAGCCGCAGGCUACGGCCACGCCCUUUUACGCCCAACCGCUUUCCGGUGGUGCAGCAGGCUCCGGCGGUUAUAUGAGCCAGUCGAAUGCCACAUACGAUCCGUACAAGUACAAGAUUCCAUCCGCCCAGGCUGCAUCGCAUGCGAUGAUGUCGAGCAAUAUGACCGGCAGUGCUGUUCCGGGUACAUCAUAUGGCCUACCCCUGAAUCCUGGAGCCAUGCCCCAAAAACAGACGCAGAUGUCACAGCAGACACAGCUAACCCAACUGGAGCCCAACUAUGCGGCCAUCAAGCCAAGUAGAAGCUAUCAGGGAAUGUCCACAGCUGCGGUUUACGGCAGCACAGGUGGUAACUCCAGUGGAGUGAUGAAUAAUCCCUCGUCAGCGCAAUACUACGACAAGUACGGAAUGGCCAUGUCCAUGUACUCGCCAAAUGGCGGCCUACCCAUGUAUAGCCAGCCCGAUCUGGGUCCCGACUCCGCCGGACUACAAUCUUACAGGAAGCCCACCAGCAACUGUCAUUGGGGAGUGGACUACAAUUCGCCCAACUACCGAUCUCUACCGCCGGCGACGGGGCCCAACAGCACUUACCAUCACCCCCAUCCUGCCCCCGGACCCGGGCCCGGACCUGGACCCGGACACGGAACCAUCAACAGCGAACUAUAUUACGGGUCCACGAAGUACGAUAAGUAUGGAAGCACAGGUGUAUCGCCGUAUGUCAGCAAUCCCUAUGCGGGUCCUUCGAUUACGCAGCCCUAUGCUGGCCGGAAUUUGUGGUCAGGUACGGAGAACGCGCCCUUAAGUUCCCGCCAGAAUUGCUGCUCUCAGGGAUACCCCUUGAACCAGCAAAACUGCUAUUACCCGAGGGGCAAUGGGUACGGAUCUAUCUCCGGACCCUAUGGAGCAUCCGCAAGUGCCCCGCAAUCGCAGCCUCAAUAUCCUGGCACUGGUUCCUCCGCCGCUGCCAUGAAGCUCAAGCAUCCGACUGAUAUGUACGUGGGCCACGGCCCCUACGAAACCACGCCCAGUCAACUGGGCUACGGAUAUAGCCCACAGGCGCUGUCAGGUUCCACCACAUCGAAUAACCUGAAUAACCUAACCAGCCAAAGAUAUACGGCGCCAAUGGGACUGGGAAUGGGUGGCAUGGGAAUAGGUAUCGGCAUGGGUAUGGGAAUGGAUCCCGCGAGUGGGGGCUACUACAAUGAUCUGAGUCUCAACUCCUUGGAGAGCUAUGUAGCUCCGUCGAUGCCCCAGCAGUCCCUGCGAACGCAACCGUAUCAGGAUUACCGCAAGAGAUCUGGAAUUGUCGGUCCCACCUCCUCGGGAAAUUGUUAUCUUGGUCAGACUGGAAAUUCUGGUGGCGGAUCCCUUACCAACCUCGAUGCCCAAGUGGAAAACUAUGUGGGCUACAAUCUCCACGCCUCGGCGUCCUCCAACCACCUAAAUUACACUGUGGAGUCGACGAAAGGCACCCAGAAUUACAACAUUCGCGACUUUCUCUCCACCUGGAAAGUUGACGACGAAGAUGAAACAAGUGCUGUUCUAGAGAUGGAUCCUCCGGCUGUAGCGGUGGUGGCUCCAGUACCUAGUACCCCCAACUUUAUGUACGAAUCUCUGCCACCAACUGGACCUCAAGCCACGGCAGUCGUGGAUCAUCAAGGCAUUAACUUACCUGACAUAAUUAUAGACAUUGAAAAGGCCAAUGGAAGCGGCAACGUUCCCGUGGACGAUUCCUUUGGCAGUUUCGACGUGGAGAAGGAGCUGGAUGAACUGCGUCUGAAAACGAAUGCCUCGGAGCAACAGCCCGUUAACGAAAGCGAUGCCUUGGCGGAGAUCCUCCGACAACCAGACCCUGAUUCAUUGAUCGAACAAUCCGCGGCUCCUCCCUUGCACAGUCCCAUUCUCAACAGCAAUGAGGCCUAUGAAAAUGUACCACAACCACCUGUGCCUAUGGACUUCGAUCAGAACAACAGCUCAAACUCAAACGAGUCCACCUUUGCCAAGGAGUACGAGACCUUCAUUCACAAAAUCGAUGGCUCGGAGAGUGACCCCGGAGAAGCGACUGCCCGGGAUGAAGGGGAGUAUAGAGAGAAUCCAAAGAGAUUUAAGUUCUAUAAAAGGAAGCGCAGAACCACAGAUCCCCCGGAACGGUUGGAUCAAAAGGAUAGGAAACAACAGGUGGGUCCUGGCCAAAAUCCAAAUGAAAUCUCUCUUUCGACUAAAACUUUGGCCAGAGCCAGUCAAAAACUUCUUGCCAAAAAACGCCGAAAUUGCAUAAAUUUGCUAAAGAUCCUGGAGUUUGAGAGCCCAAAAAUAAAAUAUCGGCAUUACUUUAGGAUACUGAAAGUCUUGCGAAAGAAAAUCGCCUAUAGUAAAAACAGAGAACUCCGAUCCAUCCUAAUGAAGAAGCAGUUGACCAUAUUGAAGGAGAAACGACUGCCUCUGAUCAAGAGGCAGAUUAAGAAAUACGAUGCGACCCCGGAUCUGCGCAAUCCCCCAAGUCUCAAAGGGCUGAGUGUCUCGGCUUUGAAUUCCACUGAAUUCAGAAGCAGUAUACUGAGUGGAACAGAUCGGGAAACGGUCAUCAAGAGUGCGUACAGCUACAAAGACAAGACUGAUGAUGUUCAUGAAGAGCCAAAUCUGGAGGAGCAGGGCUUGGACAGCCGCUCCCUGGAGCUGCAGUCAAACUUCAGGGGGUUUGAUGACAUCGAAAAUACGAACAUGUCUCCGAAAAUAAAAUUGAGAGUGGAGCCGGACGACGAGGGGAGCAACAAGAGUCCCAUAAAAAUGGCAGUGGAGGGAGUGGAUGACGUUCAAAACAAGGAGGAGCAAAUACAAGCCUGGCUGAAGAAUAGUGUGGCACCUACCCCAGAACCUGAAAUGGAAGCUGAAAUCCCAAAACAAGAAGCUUGUAGGACCGAGUCGUCAUCUUCGUCAUCUUCUUCGAGUUCGAGCUCCAGUAGUUCCAGUUCGGACGAUGACUCCAGCAGCUCGAGCAGCCAGGCAGAGGAAGGCGUUUCGUCAAGUAGCAGCAGUUCCAGCAGCUCCAGUUCCCGGAGCUCUACGGCUGGCGAAGAAGAAAGCGACUUCAACGAGCUGGCCGCCCUGGAAAAAGAACUCUCCCAAUCGCAAACCGGGGAACUACCUCCCCGGGAGACAAUCGUCAAAAAGGAGAGCCCUGAAGAGCUACUCCCAGAGGCGGAGGUCUCCAACCACGACAUUGCCAAACUGAAGCAGAUCCUGGAAAGCGAUGGCGAAGCGAAGCCAAGUGACCUUAGUAAGAUUGCCUUAAAUAGUUCCUUAAAAUCAAAUGAGUUAGUCGUAAGAGAGGAAAUGGAAACGUCCGGAUCUCCGGAUAAAUGUGCUUCUGCUCCUACUCCCCGAGAACUAAGCGUCGAGGAGGCGCUGGCGGAAAUGUAUCAGCUUUCAGAUCUCGAGGGCAAGGAGGACGACGAGGAGCCGAACACCAGCGGUCAGGAUGUACUGCUAAUCAAUCUGGCCGAGAUAUUUGACUCCAGCAGUGAUCUCUAUGUGGUGCAGUGCGACAUGAACGAGAACAUCCUGGGCGUGGUGGCCAAUGAGGAUCAGGAGGCCGAGGUCCAACCCAAUCCAGCUAGCCUUGGGCAGGUGAGUCCCGAGGCGGAGGAGCAGGCCGACACUCUGCAGCUCAUCCAGUUGUUGGCCGAACCCCAACCAGAAUUUGAUGCCACGCCACUGAUACAUCACGAGGAGAUAAUUCACGAUGAGAAGCCCGAUCCGCAAAAGGAUCGGCGCAAGUUGCUCAAAUACCUGCAUGGGAAGUAUGUACAGAGUCGGAUAAGUCGCUUCUACCACGCCCAUCAAGUCCUGCGGAAGUACAAGCGCCUACAAGCCGGAAGGAAGCGUCACCGGAAAGUCAAAUAGGAUUCCAGCUUCUACCAAAGAUAUUUCUGGUCCCUGGAAAGGAUCAGAUGUGUUCGGCUCGCCAAAACAGACGAUCCAGAUGGCUAAUCGAAAGUAAAUAAAGGAUACACCACACGUACACGUUUGAUACACCACAAAAAGAAAACUAAAGAUAUGGAUGCAAGUGCAGCUACACUUUACAGAAUCUCAAGACUUUUUAAUAUUUUAAUAUUUGGAUUUAUUUAAGGAAACGGAAUGUAGCAUAAUAUAAUGUAUGUAUAGUCCUUUUAGGAAAAUCAUUAUUUUUAAACUUUUACGAUACCUAUUUUAGAGUACCAUAGUACCAUAUAUAUUUUAGAUAUCUGUGCAAUAUUUACAUGGAAAAUGCCGUGUUUAUCUGGAAUGCGCGAAUUCGAAUCUCGAUGGGUUAAGCAUGAGUAAGCAGCGUUAGACAAGGGGUUAACCGGGGGUCAGUCGGGGAGUUUUGGGGUUUCUGUCCGAGUCGCGUGCAAUUAACCAGAUACAUACAUACUUUAUCGGCUAAUGUAUCAGCGUUUUACUCGCUCAGCGAGUGGAGCCAAUUUAAAAUGCUUUUCGCCAAAGGUCAGGCCCAGAUUGAGAUACAUUCGCAAUAUAACAUACACACAUAUAUCGGGGGCAAUAUGCGAUGCCAGUUGCGUGUUAGCCUUGGCGUAACUUGGGGGACAAAAACCCACGCCACCCACUUGUAGCUUAAAUUUUGCCACCAAAUGCAGCCUAGACCAAAAACUGAGAGAAAACUAAAAACUAAAUACACCUGUUGGAAUCGUUUGAUCUGUUAGUAGCCGAAGACUUUGUUUGUUUUAGUGCAAUUUUUUGUUAGGUUCCUAGAGCAAUUUGUUGUGUUUAUUUUAGGGUUACGGGAAUUACCAAAAUUGUUAGGCUUUGGCUUCGUACAUUUACACAUAGAACCAUAGAACCCGAUUCCCAUAUCAACAAGGAAAUCGAGGGGGUUUCGUUUCAUAACGCCCAUCCCUAAUCGAUGCUCUGCGCAUACGGCGACUUGAGGGCAUAGCUAAUCACAAAUCCAGACCGGUUAUCAAAUUUGGUAUGGGGGCCUUAAAGAAUUCUCAACGCCCGACUUAUGUAAGCUGCGGAUGAGGAAAACAAUAUUCAAGGGCAAUGCCAACUAUGAAAUAGACUUGGGUGCUGGUCUAGUCUUAGAAUCCUAGCCCACUGCAACACUAAACUAAAAACUAAACACGAAAAACUAAAAACUGAAAAGUAAAAAUGUUAUCUUAUUCUAUAACCGAGACCACCUAGAUGUCUUUUUCUCGUAACACAUUCCAAAGGACCAAACACUUGAAACUAAUAAUUGUCUAGCUAAGCUUCUAAAUGUACGUUCUUUCGUUUGUAACUUUUACAACUAAGUAAUACGCUUAAUUUUAGUACAAACAAAAUACAAAGUGCAAGAGCUAGCCCACUAAAUGGAGUAAAAAUGUUAGCAGUAACAAUAAUAUUUAUUGCGCAAUAUGUACAUACCAUCCUUUGCCACUCUACACAUUCCACAAUGGAUAUAACAUAUAUGUCUGUAACUCUAUACUUGUAAAUCGGAAGGUUUUCACUGUACCUUAGCUUUAAGAUUUGUGACUUUAUCAAUGUGACAAUGUGAGUGUCUUUGAGCAAACCAAACAAAGGAAAUGAUAUACGAAAUCCUAAAAAGAGAAAUAAAUGUUUUAUGUAAAUGUUA